CGAUCACUGAAAGUGGACGUCAAGGCAUCGCUUACUCUCAUCCGACUCUUUGAACCAUAUCUUAAACAAAGCAAAGGAAAUGUUGUCAACAUUACGUCAGUGUUUACGGAGCGACCGCAAAAAUCCUUUUUGGGAUAUCAAUUGGCGAGACAAGCCCUGGAAAUGUGCACAACUACACUGGCAUUAGAGUUGGCCCCACACGGCAUUCGGGUUAAUAGUGUUAGCAUAGGAAUAGUGCGAUCAUACGAAGCACAUCCCGAUCCCGUUGUUAUUAAAGCUUUUGAAAACGCGGCCAAAUAUACACCACUGGGAAGAGUGGGCACAACAGCCGAUGUCGCCAAAGGGGUGGUAUUCCUGUCCUCAUCGGACGCCUCGUUCAUAACGGGUCACAGUUUAGUCAUCGACGGCGGCAUUAAUUUGGAUUGGUUGCUGGCCAUAAAAAACCUGACCGUUAGGCCGACAGACGUAUGGAUCUGCGGUUACCAGAAAUCGGGCAACACUUGGCUCUCAGGGAUUGUGUCACUAAUAAUGGCCGACGGAGUGGUCGACAGAGUGAAGGACGAGUACAUUAGAGAACGGGUGCCAAAUAUAUUCACUCCAACUUCUUUGAGCAAAAUAUCGGGACUCAAACCACAAAGUGUUGAGUGGUUUGAAGGCAUAAAAUAUCCGCGAAUUAUUAAUAGUCAUUUGGAU